GGCAAAAACCUUAUGGAGCACUCUGCCAUCUUUUCCGGCUGCUGCCUCGCGGCGGCUCUUCUCGUGCUCGUCGUAGCUCUCGCCGCUCCCCACCGUCUGGGCGCGGCGGCGGCAGCGGCGGCGCCGGGCGACGGAAGCGAGACGAACUGGCACGUCGUGAGCGUCAACUCGCUGCUGCCCAACACGGUCUGCACGUCCACCAAAGGACCAGCAGCGGCACCCAGCUCGCUCACCGUCGUGCACAGGCACGGCCCGUGCUCGCCGCUGCGGUCACGCGGCAGCGGCGCACCGUCCCAUACCGAGAUCCUACGCCGAGACCAGGACCGAGUCGACGCCAUACGGCGCAAGGUAACUGCGUCGUCCAAUAAGCCCAAGGGCGGCGUGUCCCUGCUGGCGAACUGGGGCAAAUCUCUCAGCACCACCAACUACGUCGCCUCUCUCCGCCUCGGCACGCCGGCGACGGAACUGGUGGUGGAGCUCGACACCGGCAGCGACCAGUCGUGGGUCCAGUGCAAGCCGUGCGCGGACUGCUACGAGCAGCGCGACCCGGUCUUCGACCCCACCGCGUCGUCCACGUACUCCGCCGUACCCUGCGGCGCGCGGGAGUGCCAGGAGCUCGCCUCGUCGUCGUCGUCGCGCAACUGCUCGUCGGACAACAACAAGAAUUGUCCCUACGAGGUCUCCUACGACGACGACUCGCACACCGUCGGUGACCUCGCGCGCGACACGCUGACGCUGUCGCCGUCGCCGUCGCCGUCGCCGGCCGACACGGUCCCGGGCUUCGUCUUCGGGUGCGGCCACAGCAACGCCGGGACCUUCGGCGAGGUCGACGGGCUCUUGGGCCUCGGCCUCGGGAAGGCGUCGCUGCCGUCGCAGGUGGCGGCCAGGUACGGCGCGGCCUUCUCCUACUGCCUUCCGUCGUCGCCGAGCGCCGCGGGGUACCUGUCCUUCGGCGGAGCCGCCGCCCGUGCGAACGCGCAGUUCACGGAGAUGGUCACCGGCCAGGACCCGACGUCCUACUACCUCAACCUCACCGGCAUAGUGGUCGCCGGCCGGGCGAUCAAGGUGCCCGCGUCCGCGUUCGCGACGGCGGCCGGGACCAUCAUCGACUCGGGCACCGCGUUCAGCCGCCUGCCCCCGAGCGCCUACGCGGCGCUGCGGUCGUCGUUCCGGAGCGCCAUGGGCAGGUACAGGUACAAGAGGGCGCCCAGCUCGCCCAUCUUCGACACGUGCUACGACUUCACCGGCCACGAGACCGUGCGGAUACCGGCGGUGGAGCUGGUGUUCGCCGACGGCGCCACCGUGCACCUACACCCCAGCGGCGUGCUGUAUACGUGGAACGAUGUGGCCCAGACGUGCCUGGCGUUCGUGCCCAACCACGACUUGGGCAUACUUGGGAACACGCAGCAGAGGACGCUCGCGGUCAUCUACGACGUGGGCAGCCAGAGGAUCGGGUUCGGCCGCAAGGGCUGCGCCUGAAAUCCACCGUCACCAACAGCUAUGACGUGAUGCGAUCUCCAUUUGUUGGGGUUUUUUCCCCAAGAUUUCAAUAAGUACUUUUUAAUCUUAGAUCAGCUAUCUGACUAGCAAUAAACUUUGACAGAGAAACUGUACUGCUGGAUAUCACUGCAAUACUGCAUAAAGUUUCAGUCAAAGUGUACAUGUAUAGUGGCAUAAAAACAUACAGUGCUAAAAAUGAAACUAUGAAAUAUGUUGAUCCUAGC